GCGUCACCGCGCCCCCACACCGCCGCGCGCGCUCGCUGAUUCAGUGAUAAACAAACCUUACCGGUGCCUCCUUGUCAGACAUGCUGCGAGUUUGACUUCCCGCCCGGGAACCUAGAUCUGCCUUCAUGCAUCUUUGUUUACGUACAACACAGCACAAAUGUCAGCCGCCGCCGCACGGACUUCGGCGGUUUUAUCACAUUUUAGAAAAUGACUGAAGGCCCCCUAUUACAUCAUGACAAGCCGAUGUGCGUUCGCAUAUGGCUAGAGGUGGGACACGCGUGCGAGCCUCGCAGGACCGCGUCGGGGCGCGCUCUGGCGCUCGACUGGCGAGUGUGGGUCCGCGGAGUCAGCGGCCGGGACAUCAGCACCUUCGUGCACAAAGUCGUCUUCCAUUUACACCCAGCUACCGCGUUCGUGUAUCCUAAGAGAGUGCUUCAGGAGCCGCCAUACGAAAUCCAAGAGUCUGGCUGCGCGUCCAUCGAUAUACCGAUACAUGUGUACCUGAAAUACAGCAACAGGCCAAAGAAAAUUUGUUUGAGAUACAGUCUGCAGAUCGAGAACAACAGCAAGAGUAACUCGGAGUCCCGGUGCAUCUACUACGACUUCGAGAACCCGCCGGAGCAGCUGUGCGCGGCGCUGAUGAGUGGCGGGGGCGAGGUGGUGCCGCGCGCCGGGGCGGUCGACGCCGCCAGCAAGCUGGUGGUGCUGCUCUCCGACACCGACGAGCGCCCCGCCAGGCUCAUGAAGCACAAGAAGUGCAAGUACGUCGAGCCGCUGCGCUGCAAGCACGCGCCCAAGAAGCGGACCAAGUCCUGCAUAUUCGAAGAGAUUUGCUCAAAAUGUGGAAAUUCCAUUUAUGUAGACUUCAGGAAACAACUGAAAUCUGUUGCUAUGACUGACGACGAGAUUAAUUGUGUAUCGAAGUUGUACUGGUCUUUUACCAAUUACGAGAAGUCUGUUGACGCUUUAAUAUUGCCGCCAAUUUCGGACUCCAUAUACAGAGUGCCGGAGCUGCCGGCUUCGCUGAGGAGAGCGCUCAAGGAAGUCGAAGAAGACUACACGCUGCCGUGAUACCGACGUCCCUUCCGUACACUCAGUGCUGUGUUGUGAUAUUAGCUGGUGCCAUCAGAGACUUUGCAUGCAAUGCGAACUUACACUUAGACUAGACGCAACUGUUUAGUGAGCAUAAUAAUAUUUAUUUCUAUAAGACUUUAUUUACUUUGGUUGGUUCGUUUAUCAGUUUAAAUAUAUUAGUGUAAUGUGAAGCGUACCAUAACAUAAUCUAGUUGUAUGAAUACGAAAUACGUGUGCUGUGAGUAAGAUCUCAAUAACAUAAGAGAGGUAUCUGUUGUUACUUGAAUAUUUUAUUUUAAUAUUAUUUUAUUGCAUAUUAUUUAAGUAUGAGAUAUUUUAGUGGGGGUUGUGAGUUGUUUUGUAAGGUUUAAUGUUGUGUUUUAUGACGCACAAAGGAACGUGCCUCUAUCGUUAGAUUAUGAUCGCUGAGUGACAGGGUAUUAGACAUAAAUAGAUUAUCUAAUAUAAUA